AUGCCAGACAUCGAUCCUGCGGCUCUGAGCCGCCCGGCCGCCGCGGGGGCUAUAUCCACGCCUACGCUCUCGACAAAAUCCAUAUCAUUGAAUGCGGCGGGCGGCGCACCAAAGUCCAAGACUAGCCAGAUCGUUCCUCCUCGAAUAGACCUCGAACCGUAUUAUGCGGCUGUCAAGGCUUUCAUCCCACCAGAUAAAUGGGUGCUAUAUAAGGAAACUGUAUGCAACCUAGCAUAUGGCCGCCUCAACCAGUCCGAAUUCUCCGCCAUAAUCGAUCCCCUCGUCACCAGCGCCUCGGGUGAGAGGGAACACCUCCACAACCGGCUCAUCCUCGCCAUAAUCGCCAAUGUCACGCGCGAGAUGCCAGACCAGGGCGUCGCCCCCUGGGUCAGCGCAGACGACAAGCCUGCCGUCCCUACAGGGAGCAAGCCCGUCACCGGUGAUGCGGCCGAGAGGAGGCUCAAGGUUGGCGUAAUGCAGCUGCCCGCCAAGGAUAGGAGGAGAAUCAAGGAGAUGGUACACAACGACAUCCGCAAACGCUUCAACCAACCGCUCGCCAUCGAAUCGGGCGAGUUCCCCGACGUCGGCACCAUCGGUGGCCGCAUGCUACCCUUCUGCUACGAGGCCGGCCUGGUGAGCGGCCACACAGCCGAGUCCCCGCAGCUCAUGUCGGUAGCGACCGAGACGUUCAUCAAGGACGUCCUCACCCAGAUCUUCAGCCGGACGCGCAGCAACGGCCCCGGCGAGGCGGGCAGCUCCGGCUUCGGCGUGGGGACGACGUGGGUGCAGACGCACCAGUAUAGCCGCCAGCUGCAUGCGGAGGAGGACCUGGCGCAGAGCGGCAAGCUGAUGCGUGACAAGAACGGCCUGCUCCCCGUCGAGGCCAAGGCCGCGUGCGAGAGGGGCGCUCUCAGCAUGGCCGACGUGAGGGUGGCCCUCGAGAUGGGCGACACGGGCAUGGCCACGUUCCCCAUCAUCACGACGCAGAUCCUGUACGGGUACAAGGAGGGUGAGCUGGAGAACUGGUCGGAUUACACGUAUUACAAUGACCAGCAACCACCCGCCAUGACGGAAGAUGACUACGACAGCCCGUUCCUGACGAAUGGGGCUGGCGGUGCAGGUGCCAUCGAGCUGAUACCCAACGGUGCAGAUAUCAUGGACAUCGACUCGGAACCCUGGUGGGAGGGUGCUGAGGGUCAGGAUAUUGACUCGCUGGACGGACUACUGGACUCUUGUCUUACUGCCAGCUCAUAG